UAAAUACACCGGAAGUGCUUCAGAUUGGUGUGUUUCAUUGUUGCCUUAUGUCAGCUUUUAUUUAGGACGAUAAAAAUGACUAAAUUGCAGCUCUUAAGACAAUACUUAACGGAGCGCCUGAUGGAAGCCGUACGGGAAAUCCUCGAAGUGGUUGGAGACACGGUGUCAGAGUACCAGGAGGAAACGGCCAGGGCGCAGCGGGAGAACGAGAGCCUUAGGCGGAGGCUCAGGGAGGUGGUGCUGGUGGCCGAAGCGCCCUGGGCGGGAGAUGUGCAGUCUGUUGCUGUCCCCAUUUCUGGGGGGAGGUCCCCAGCAGAUCAGGAGCUGGGUGGGCAAGAAUGGAGCCCGCAUCUUGGACAGGACGUAGAGACUGCUCCCACUGAAGAUCGCUGCAGAUCUGAAAAGAUGGGGGAGGAGCUUGGGGGGUCGCAGCUGGCCUGUGUGGUGGAGACGGACCCUGAGGGUUCAACACAAGGACUGAAAAAGUUGGCCCUAGAGAUUGCACUGUCAGUGGUCUCGCCUCUGGAUGCCUGUGCUGAGCCAAAUGCCACACAGACGGUAAAGAAUACGGUCACUGAGGCGCUGAUCGUUGGGCCCACAGAACAGGAAACACCCAGCUUGCGACCCGAUCAAGUCAAAACUGAGCCUGGUGAAGUGGACCUUAAGUCUGAGCAGCCUGCAGAUCUAGGUCACAGUCCGAAAGUGCAAGAUACCCUGGGUGAAGCAAGCGUGGGGGUCCCUUCAGAUGUCCCAGUUACUGGGGAUGUAGAUGAGUGUAAUUCCCAAGAAGCCGAAUGCAGGUCAAAUGAGCCCCUGAAUGAGAAUUAUUUUGUUAGUUAUGUGGGAGAAAAACAGCACUGCUGUUUCUACUGUGGAAAGUUCUUUAGUCAGAUCUGCAAUCUAAAAACACAUCUGCAGAUACACAGUGGCGAAAGGCCCUACAGUUGCAACUGGUGUGGUAAGUCAUUUACUCAGUCUGCAGAUCUACGGAGGCACCAGCGAAUCCACACAGGGGAAAAACCGCAUCGAUGCACGUGGUGUGAGAAAAGUUUCACUCAAAUAGGAAACCUCAAAAGGCACUUGCGCAUUCACACCGGUGAGAGACCUUACCGCUGCACCUUGUGUGGGAAGACUUUCAAUGAUGGAGAUACGCUGAAGAAACACAAACGAAUCCACACCGGGGAGAGACCUUUCUACUGCACGCACUGCUCGAAGACAUUCACAGUAGCGAGCAGCCUUCACAAUCAUUUCAAAAACCACUUGAUGGAAAAUAACCAGCACAUGUCCAUGAACACAAGUGAUAUCACCUUGGUACAGCACAUAAAGCCUACUUCAGCCCAACACACUUUGGCCACAUCCAGCCCUACAUAACCAAGUGAGUCAUCAAGGUUGAGGCUUGGACAGCACAUGUGUCCCUUAGCUUAGGGGAGAUUGACUGAGAAGCUGGAGACCAGCAGCAGUUGGCCACAUGUCACGGAGUCCGUAGUGACUAGUGUCAGAAGUUUGGGGAGGCAGCAUGCACCCAGACGGACUGGGUUCUCGCCGCAGAGUCAUUAAGAAUCGUGGGGCCUGACUCCAUCCAGCCAAUACAACAUUUGCUCCCUCAUGAGAUGUUUAACCAUCUUUUGUAAAUUACAGGAACUGCUGAACUUGUGUUCUCUCUGUCUUGUGAAUCGUUUGAUCUCAUUCUGAAUUGGCGGGUGUCACCCUUUAAUUGGAAUAACAAUAUAUGUUUGCUGCUGUAACAUUCACAGACUUGGAAAUAUGUUAGAUCAGAGUGGAUUGUGCCGAGUAGUUGUAAUGAAUGUGGCUUGGGUUUUUUCCCCUGAUCACACUGCAGGCUUCGUUAGGCUAUUAGGCAUCUGUGUGGGUGAUCCUUCGUAAUACAUUUUUUUUUUCCCAUUUUUUUUUUCUGAAAAGCUGCAGUCACUUCUCUGAAAUAAAUGCUCUUUAUCUCAGUGGCAAUUUUACAGUAACACAACUGCAUGAUUAGCCUCUAUCUGUUUAUGCAGCAAUAAAAACUAAAAAUAGAUGAGU